ACACGGACAACUUAGUUGGGGUUUAAAGCGACGACCUGGGGAUUUAAACAAAGACAACUUGGAGGACAUCACAUUCGAUUGUGUCUUAUGGCCUGAUGGUAUCAGGCUCCUUCUCUGGCUUCAGCCUAAGACUCACUGCUCAUGGAUUUCCUCACAGAGUACACCUACAAUGACUCCUACUAUGGCAACAGGACAAAUGGGCUCAACAACACAGAAUGUGAGCCAAGGCAUCCGUACAACUACUACGCUAUGCUACUCACGCUGCUCAUCUUUGUUAUCGUCUUUGGAAACGUGUUGGUUUGCAUGGCUGUAUCCAGGGAAAAGGCCCUGCAGACCACCACCAACUACCUUAUUGUGAGCUUGGCUGUGGCAGAUCUGCUGGUGGCCACACUUGUCAUGCCCUGGGUGGUCUAUCUGGAGGUGGUCGGGGAGUGGCGCUUCAGCAAAAUACACUGUGACAUAUUUGUCACCCUGGAUGUCAUGAUGUGUACUGCAAGCAUCCUUAAUCUGUGUGCCAUUAGUAUUGACAGGUAUACAGCUGUCGCCAUGCCUAUAUUGUAUAACACCCGCUACAGCUCCAAGAGACGGGUCACAGUAAUGAUCUCUGUGGUCUGGGUUCUCUCCUUUGCAAUAUCCUGCCCCCUGUUGUUUGGCCUGAACAACACAGCCACUCGCGACGAGGCCCAGUGUGUGAUUGCGAACCCUGCCUUCGUUGUGUACUCCUCCAUCGUGUCCUUCUACGUUCCCUUCAUUAUCACACUGCUGGUAUACGUGCAGAUCUACGUGGUGCUCCGGAAACGGCGCAAACGCGUCAACACCAAGCGCAGCUCCCAUGCGGCCGAUGCAGAAGCCAGCGCUGCCGUGAAGCUCCAGGAAAAGUGCACCCACCCUGAGGAUGUGAAGCUCUGUACCAUGAUUGUCAAGUCCAAUGGAGGCCUUUCUAUUAAGAAAAAGAAAGUGAUUCUAAUCCAGGAGGCUGCCCAGCCUGCAGCUGACAUGGAAAUGGACCCGAUGACAAGCACCAGCCCCCCAGAGAAGAAGCAGGCACCCACCGGUGGUAGCCAACAGCUUUGUAUGCCCACCCCUUCCAACCAGUGCCAGAGCUCCCCACCCCCUUCCCCAGCUGAGAGUCGGCUCAACGGUGAGAAGAAUGGCCACGCUAAGGAUGUUCUCGUUCCCAGAGCCACUAAGGCCUUUGAGACCCAGGCACUUCCUAGUGGGAAGACCCGUACCACUGUCAAGGCCCUGAGCAAGAGGAAGAUCUCACAGCAGAAGGAAAAGAAAGCCACUCAAAUGUUGGCUAUUGUCUUAGGGGUUUUUAUCAUCUGCUGGUUACCCUUCUUCAUUACUCACAUUUUGAACACACACUGCACUAACUGCCGCGUCCCAGCAGAGAUGUACAACGCCUUCACAUGGCUGGGCUACGUCAACAGCGCCGUGAACCCAAUUAUAUACACCACUUUCAAUAUCGAGUUCAGGAAGGCUUUCAUUAAAAUAUUACACUGCUGA